AUGAUUCUGCUUAGAGUAUUACGUUUGUUUAUAUUCUGUUUGGUUUUAUCAACACUUUGUUCCAUUACCAAAUGUGGAAGUUCAGAUGUAACUCUGAAAUUCUUGAAAGCACCUCAUGCAUUUUCUCACUUGAAUUCAGCAACAUUUGCUUUUGAAGUUCUUAAUUCUGGUAGUAACCGUACUUGCUCAAAUUGCAGCCUCAGUUGUAAGCUUGAUGAUGGGGUCGCGUCAGUUUGCACGAACGGGAGAGUUACAUACUCAAGCUUGCAAGAUGGAAAUCAUGGUUUUGAAGUCUGCACCAAUGGAAAUCAUAGUUUUGUGGGCUGUGCUAGCUACAACUGGACUGUUGACACAAUUCCACCAACAGCAUAUGUUACAGCCUCAACAACUUUCACAAGUUCUUCAAAUGUUUCGGUAAAUAUAUCUUUCACCGAACCGUGUAUAGGUGAAGGUUUUGGAUGCAAGUCUGUGAAUGCCUGCAAUCUUCUUGUCUAUGGUGCUGGCCAGGUUGUACCAUCUUCCUUUAGAGUUCUGAAGCCAAACCUCAUGUAUUCUCUUCUUGUUAGUUUAUCUCCUACCGUUCAAUACGGCCGAGCAAUCCUGGUAAUGGAUAGGAGUUUCUGUACUGACAUAGCUGGUAACAGCUUUACAAGAAUGGCGAAUUCGAGUGUUCAUCUACAUAUUGACAGAAGAAAGGUUUAUGUCAACAUCAGGACUCGUGUACCUGAAAAGCUACUUCGAAUUAACAGUGAAACUAGAACAAUUCAGGCAACUAAUGACCUUAACAAGCUAAAGGUGUAUUUGUACUUCUCGUCUCCAAUUGUAAAUUCAUCUAUGGAAGUUAUGAGUUCUCUCAACAUUAGUCGUGGUUCACUCGUUCCAACUAGUGCAGAAAAUCUUGGAAAUCGUAGAUUCGGAUUCAUGAUUGCUAAUAUCUCCUCCACUGCUAUAGUCUCGGUUGAAUUCAAUUUGAAAUCUAUAAUAACCAGACAAGGGACUCAUGUUUCUCCAACUGCGCCGGUUAAUUUUCUCUAUGAUUCUAAGAGGCCUGCGGAUGUAACUCUUGGCGUGGUUGAGCAAGUGCAGGGGACACCAUUCUUGCAUCAUGUAAACAAUUUCAGUGAGAUCUUUGGCAAAUACAGUUCUGGAUGGAAUAGACUGUGUGAUGCUUAG